UGCGAGAGAGAGAGAGAGAGCAGAGUGGUGAGUGAAUGGCAACUUUUUAAAACAUACAAAGCCGUUUUAGUUUUAGGGAGGAAGGGGGAGAGAGGGUAGCUUUGCUUUGCAUUUUGCUUGGUGAGUAACCGUAGAAAACGGAGUGUGAAAGAGAGGGAGCUGGUAUUGGUAGGUGGGUCGUCAUUUUGUGUUGGAUUUUUGUUUCCGUGGAAGCCGAACCAGAACCGUCCCACUUGUGAAGCUAUUGGGUUUGGCAGUUGCUUUGAGGGUUUGUGACAGCGACGGUAACAGGGACGGGGCGGGGAGUGCCUCCUUCAUGCUUCAGACUCGCUCUCCUGCAUCCACUUAGGUUGUAGUUUUGGGUGUACCCACUACCCACUACCGCCUCUCACUCUCAGCUAAUUUUCCCCUUUGGAUCAGUGGUUUUUUGCGUAUUGGGGCGGCUUCCAUUCCAGUAGAGUAGAUGGGUCCUGCUCACAGCGGCAGGGGAACGGCCGGGAGGGCUUUGGUACUGGUUUUCUGUUUAUGGGGUCUCAUCUCUCUGUCCCGCGCCGCUCGAUUAUCCCCUUCCAUGCACAACUUGGAGGUUCAGAAGCACCUCAGGCGCUUCAACAAGCCCCCAUUGAAGACAAUCCAGAGUCCAGAUGGGGAUAUCAUAGACUGUGUCCACAUUUCUAAUCAACCAGCUUUUGAUCAUCCUUUCCUCAAAGAUCACAAAAUUCAGACGAGGCCUACUUACCACCCAGAAGGGCUAUUUGACGAGAACAAGGUGUCUGAGAAACCUAAAGAAAGAACAAACCCCAUCACUCAGCUGUGGCAUGCAAAUGGAAGGUGCCCAGAAAACACCAUUCCUAUUAGGAGAACUAAGGAAGAUGAUGUUCUGAGAGCAAGCUCUGCCAAAAGAUAUGGAAAGAAAAGGCACAGAACUCUUCCUCAACCGAGGUCUGCAGAUCCUGAUCUCAUUAAUCAAAGUGGUCAUCAGCAUGCAAUAGCUUAUGUGGAAGGAGAUAAGUUCUAUGGAGCAAAGGCAACUAUCAACGUAUGGGAACCCAAAAUACAACAGCCUAAUGAGUUUAGCUUGUCACAGUUAUGGAUACUAGGAGGUUCUUUUGGUCAAGAUCUAAAUAGUAUUGAAGCUGGCUGGCAGGUCAGCCCAGAUCUAUAUGGCGACAACAACACUAGACUUUUCACUUACUGGACUAGUGAUGCAUAUCAAGCCACAGGUUGUUAUAACCUCCUCUGCUCAGGCUUUAUUCAAGUUAACAGUGAAAUAGCAAUGGGGGCGAGCAUCUCACCUGUGUCUGCAUUCCGCAGUCCCCAGUAUGAUAUCAGUAUACUUAUCUGGAAGGAUCCAAAUGAGGGACACUGGUGGAUGCAGUUUGGCAAUGACUAUGUGUUGGGAUAUUGGCCUUCUUUCUUAUUCUCGUACCUGGCUGACAGUGCCUCCAUGAUUGAGUGGGGAGGGGAGGUUGUGAAUUCAGAGCCUGAUGGCCUGCACACCUCAACCCAGAUGGGCAGUGGUCAUUUUCCUGAAGAAGGGUUUGGGAAGGCAAGCUAUUUCAGGAACAUUCAGGUUGUUGACAGUUCCAACAAUCUCAAGGCUCCCAAAGGGAUUGGUACUUUCACAGAGAAAUCCAACUGCUAUGAUGUCCAAACUGGCAGCAAUGGGGAUUGGGGCCAUUACUUUUACUAUGGAGGCCCUGGCAGAAACCAAAAUUGCCCAUGAGGACUACUUCAAUUCAAUGUAACUCUCUCUCUCUCUCUCUCUCCAGCCUGUAACAUGCAUUCAAAAGCUAGUGCAAUUCUCUUUCCUCUCCUUUGUAUACACCUCCUUUAAAUCUUGUGAGGUUGGAGUAAAAUGGUAAAAUAUGAGCUUCCUAUAGUGUGAAGUUUUGAGUCUUUGUUUUAUAAUUUUGUUGAGUGGUGUUGAAAUUGGGAAGGGAUAAAGUUGGUUAAAAAGGUUGGAAGGAACAAAGGCUUUGUGAAGCUGCACUGUAUUUUAUUUGUAGUUUACUCCUCUCUAAGAGGGGAUGAUUAAUGAAUUGAUGAAGUGUGGUCCUGUUGGUGCAA